AUGACAACCGCAACCGACAGCAACGAUCUAACCCCCAUGACGGUCAUCACCGGAUUCUUAGGAGCCGGAAAGACAACCUUUGUCAAUUACAUUCUCAAGGAGCAAAACGAGUGGAAAAUUUGCGUCCUCGAAAAUGAAUUUGGAGAAGUUUCCAUUGACGAUGGACUAGUCGCCGAAUCCUUGGACUCCCCAGAAGAUAUCAUUACAAUGGACAAUGGCUGCGUUUGCUGUUCGGUUCGUGGAGAUUUGGUUCGAACUUUGGGACAAAUGGCCAAGCGUCGCAAGGAGUUUGAUGCCAUUUUGCUCGAGACAACUGGUUUGGCGGAUCCAUCGGCCAUUAUUUACACCAUCCAAACCAACCCAAAGUUGAGCGACAACUAUUUCAUUGAUAGUAUCGUUUGUUUGGCAGAUGCAAAACACUUGAAUCAGCAUUUGGAUGAAAAGAAGCCAGAAGGGGCAAUCAACGAGGCCUUGCAACAAGUUGCCUUUGCCGACAAAAUUCUUUUGAACAAGACUGAUUUGGUGACAAAGGAAGAGAAGGAUACGCUGAAACAAAGAUUGGCCAAAAUCAACCAAUUUGCCACAGUGAUUGAAACGGAACGGUCGCGUGCGCCAUUGGAUAAGAUUUUGGGCCUAAACUCCUUCAACAUGGAAUCCAUUCUUAACUUCGACAAGGACUUUUUUGAAAAUCAAGAAGUGUCGAAGCAUCAACCUGAAUUGGUAGAAUCUGUCGGAAUCCAGUUCGAGGGAGAACUUCAUGCUCAAUACUUCAACAUGUUCAUGAUGGACUUGUUGCGAGAAAGAGCUACAGAUAUGUACCGUACAAAGGGUUUGCUGGCCUUUCAUGGACAAGGAGAUGUCAAGUUUGUGUUCCAAGGUGUCCAUGAGCAGAUCAAUUUUGGACCUGCCAAGGAGCCAUGGGCUGCCGGAGAGAAGAGAAUGAACAAGUUUGUGUUCAUUGGCAAGAAUUUGAACAGAAAAGAGCUUACUGAUAGCCUGAUGAACUGUCUCUACAAAGAGGAAAGUUCCGAAUAA